AUGGAUUUUGAGGCUAUUCUUACACUCAAGACGCCCGGAGACGAUCUGGCCGACCAGGGACUGUUUAGACCGUGGUCAAUGAAGCAGAGGCAGCUCGACAAGGAGCCCGCAGCAGACAGCGCUGUUUUUUUCUCGAAGAGCGACACUUUCAAGUCGUUUUCGGUGAACGACCCGAUGGAGAACUAUUUCAGCUUGGCGGAGCGCAAAAACGACAACUUCUUCACGGGCCACGACGACUCGUUUACCGAGCAGUCGAUCACGCCGACAAAGCACAACGUGGCGUCGCGAUUGGGCACGACCGCGCGGGUGCCCAGCCUCAGGUACGACCUGGCGCCUCCGCGGUUUGCAGGCCUCUUCGAGACCCCGAAGCCGGAGACGCCGUUCCAGCCGGGGGCGCGAAACACGCGCGCCUCGUCGUUCGCGGUGCAGUCGUUCCCGUUCAUGGAGCGAGUGCCUCUGCGGCCGGCGGCCGAGACGUCGCGCCCGUCGUCGAAACGAGAGCUGUCUGCCCAUCUCGAGAGCAGCAAGAGCGUCCGGCACCGGCGAAAGAGCGUGUCGCUGUUUCUGACGCAGCUAUUUGACAAAUUCCUGCAGAAAAAAGACGAGGCUCCCAAGAGCGCGCGGUCGAUCAAGUCGGUCAAGAGCUACAAUUUUCUCAACCAGAGCGCGGACAUUUACAACGAGAUUAUAGACUACUACAACGACGCCUCGAACGUCGAGCGCGGCCGGUCGAUGGUCAGAAGACCUGCCAAGGACAGAAGCGUGUCUGUGUCGGGUCGCGGCAGAAGAGACGUGUCGCUGGGGUCGCAGCUGCUGCCGACGGCGACGAUCUUCGACGAGGCGACGAGCACGCCGUUUUUCAAGGACCUGGCCGGGCAGGACGACGCGGCGAGCUCUGUGAACACGAAAACGACGACUCUGCGCCGGCUCCGGGCCGAUUUGGACCGCUGGUGGAGGCGCAAGACGAUGAGCCGGUCGCGCAGGAGAGAAAACCUGGAGCUUGCGGCAGGGAUCCAGCCGGGCACCGCAGAGCUCGUGUGCGAGAAAAAGGAGUUCGAGGCCACCAGCACGCCGCUCAAGGACAAGGAACAGCAGGAGGUGCUGGUGACGCAGGACAAGUUUGGCCACACGGUGCGGAACGUGAUAGAGACGCGGAUCCUGGUGGUGGAGAACGAGCCCAACAUGGACGAGAUGCUGAAGCAGGGCAGCUCUGCGCCGGAGUGGCUGAAGGCAGACCUGUUGAGCCUGAUCCAGAACGGCAACCUGCGGAUUUUCAAGGAAAAGAGCGGACGCAACUUCAUCACGGUGGAGGUCACAGAGCUUCCCGAGCUCUAG